AUGGAUCGAAGCGAAGAAGAUAUGAAAUCCGUUGGCUUCUUCGGAAUCUUCAAACACUCAUUCAAAACCAUCUUCUCAUGGAAGAAAAUCUUCGCACAAAUCACUCUCACCUUAAUCCUACCUCUCACAAUCGUGUUUUUAGCUGAGAUGGAAAUCUCCCACCAUGUAUUCUUGAAGAUGGAGACCAAUUCUUUCCUACAGUUUGAACCUAAUGACGACGAUGGAAACCGAACAAGCGCCAUGGAUUGGCUCUACUACUUGCUAUUCAAAAUCGCCUUCAUCAUCCUCCUCACCGUCUUCUCCCUCCUCUCCACCGCCGCCGUCGUCUUCACCGUCGCCUCCAUCUACACCGACCGAGAAACCCUUUUCCGAAAUGCCAUGAAAGUCGUUCAGAAGGUCUGGAAACGACUCUUAGUCACUUUCGUAAUCAUAUACAUUGCGCUCUUCAUCUACGACGUAAUCGGCUCGGUGGCUCUAGCUAUCUUCAGAUCUUUCUUGCGCAACACAUCAAUAUUGACUUUAAUUCUUUUGCUUAUCUUCCUCAUCGUAUACAUUAUUGUUUUCUUAUACCUGAGCGUUGUUUGUCAACUGGCUAGCGUCAUUAGUGUUCUUGAAAACACUCAAGGAUUUAAAGCCAUGAAGAAAGGUAAGUAUCUCGCGAAUGGGAAGAAGAAAGUGGGAAUGGGAAUUGCAUUCGUUUUGUACGCAUUUUUGGUGGGAUUAUUUGUUGUGUAUGAGUUGUUCGUGGAAUAUGGUCGAGGUGUUUUCGAAUUAGCGAUGGUUUGGAGGGUGAUGAUCGGAAUAUUAUGUGGGCUUUUGCUUUUGAUGUUGUUCUUGCUCUUCAUAGUGACCCAAACGGUGCUUUAUCUGGUCUGCAAAUCGCAUCAUCGGGAAGUGAUUGAUAAGCUUAGUUUGUCGACGGUUUUAGGAGCUUACAUGGGGGAGACGGUGGUGAAUCCCACCGUCGGCGAGGAAAUCCAGCUUGGAGGACCUCAACUACAACAACAGGUACUUCCGAUUCCAAGGGGAAGAGCUCGGGAUGACUGA